ACGUGUUUUUAUUAAAUAUGCAAAGUUGUAAUUAAUUAAUAUGCAAUCGCGUAUAUUAACGAGGAGAUCGAUUGUUUAAAUUAAUAACGUGAAAUGGAUAAACUAACGAUCAUUUCGGGAGCUCUAUUUUUGGCAGCUGAUAUGUUUGCAAUCGUUAGUCUGGGAAUGCCUGACUGGAUUAUAACUGAUGUUGGCGGAGAUACGCGAUUAGGUCUUAUGUUGUCUUGUAUGACGUUAUACAACAGGCCAAGAGUUUGUUAUACGCCUGAUUUGGAGCCAGAAUGGUUACUAGCCCUUGUUUUUAUAUUGGUCGGAUGUAUUUUAAUAACAACAACUGUGAUAUUGCUGAUCAGUUCGCAUUGGGACCGUAAUGUAAUUCCUUACGCAAGAUGGGUUGGAUUUACGGCGAUGGUACUAUUUUGCUUGGCGGCUGUUCUAUUUCCAAUGGGUUUUUACAUUGACGAAAUUGGUGGACAACCGUACCAAUUACCAAAUUCACAUCAAGUUGGAAUCUCUUAUAUCCUCUUUGUUCUGGCACUAUGGAUCACAGUUAUUUCUGAACUUUUUGCAGGAAAAGUAUGUUUACCACAUUUUUAGCGUUACGCGAUGAUAUUUUCUAAUUAUGCCCUUUAUACUAGUUUCUUUUUAAUAUUCAGUAUUAUAUAUUUUGAAAGGGAUUACAUUUCAAAGUUCAGCGAGACUUUAUUAGAUUGGGCUAAAAUUUCUUAAAGAAACGACAUCUUUUCAAUCCGUUAUACCUAUUGAUUUGCUUUUCUUACGUAUUACGGUUAGUAAGCAAAAAUAAUUGUAAUAUAAAAAGUAAGUAAGUAAAAGUAAGUUAAAAAAUAUCCGAGUUACGCUAAAGAAUUACUUGUCUACUUGUCAGUCCAUUGUAUUGUCCAAAUUAUCAGAGCAACGUAUGCUUGUAACAAUUUGAAAAUUGCUAUCCAAUAUUGCUGAUGUUAAGAUCAGCAGAGAGCCAUUUUUAGAUAUUACGUUUCAAAUGGUUUUUACUCGUUAAACAGAAUUUUCCAUGUGCUAUAGAAAUACAUGAUGAAGUAAAAUAUUCCUAUUUUGCAUAUAUUGUAUCUUAAUACACAUGACAGCUUAUACAUAAUGUAUAUACAUAGAUUUAUUUUUUUUGUUUUUUUGUUUUUUUCUUUUUUUAUAAACUAAAUAUUUAUUUACAAUUUAUAGUAGAUAUACUAAAAUGAAAAGAAAUAUAUUGUAUUUUACUGUUAAGUUACAUACACUUGCAAAAUUUCACUUAUAUCAAGAUUUUAUCUACAUUAUAAACAUUUUACUUUAUAGAUAAUGUAUGUAUGUAAAUACGAUAUUUCAUAAUUAGAAUUUCUAGUUUUACCAUUUUGCAUAGCUAUAGUAUUACUCAAAUCUUAUCUGUAUAUUACUCAAAUUUCUUGUAUUUCCACAAGAAAUAAAAGUUUACACCAUAUUA